AUCAGGACGAGGCAGUGUGGGUGCGCGCGCGCAACGGAACCAGUCCUCGGCGCACUCUGACAAAGCUAACAGGAAAACAUCAUGGCCUUCUGUGUGAUCUUGCUUUUAGGUAUUCUUCUCAAAUGCGAAGGCCUCGAACAGUCAAGAAGUCAAAACUGGUAUCAUCAUCCACCAGCAUUAUCUAACUUGUCUAUUAAUUCAACCAAUUCAGGAGAAAACGAUAAGGUGACACGAAACAGUGAAACAAAUGUAACCCAAGAACAAAUCAAUAAGACAGGAGAGCUUUGGAAGAUGACUACAGAAGAGCUUUGGAAACUUCGUUUUCCACAAUGGACACCAGAAGACUACGACUUUAUGCUUUCAGACAAUAAGGCAGAUAAUAAUUCAAAUCAAAAUUAUGAAUAUCCGCAGAACAUUUCCACUACAGGAAGUACUUCAAGCUAUGACAAUUUUAAUAUAACUAUACAACAACAUCCUGUAGCUGAUGGUAUAUCGGUUUCUGGUGACAAUUGGGGCCUUCCUCCAGAGUUCUCAAGUAGAUCCGUCACAAACAUUCUAAUAGGAGAUAAACUAACAUCGCUUCAAGCUCCUCUUCUGCAGUUUCACGUGGGAGUAUACAGCAAGGCGUUUGAACCCUAUAUGCAGAUAUGCGGUGGAACACUAGUUACUACUGAAGCAGUCAUAUCAGCGGCACACUGCUUUUGGAGUGACGUGGAGGGUGCGCUGCCUGCCUCGCAGUUUGUAGUAGCGGCUGGCAAACUCUACCGUCCCUGGAACGACAACCACGAUCUUUAUGCGCAGAAAUCUGAAGUAUUCUCUAUAAAACUACCGCCGAGAUUCCACGGAGCGGUGACCAGCUUCCAAGAUGACAUCGCCGUGGUGUUGUUGGAUACCCGGUUCACGCAGUCACCAGCCAUCCGCCCGCUCUGCGUGAAAUUCGACGAAUAUCUUGAACAGAACCAUCUGCGAAGUGGAAAACAGGGCGUGGUGCAAGGCUGGGGCCUGACUGCAGAGAACGGGCCGCCCGCGCAAGCGCUUCAGUACCUGUACAUGCCGUAUGUGCCUAUCGAAGAGUGCAUUGCCAGCUCCGAGCCCAGCUUCCUCAAGUACAUCACUAGCGACAAGAUCUGCGCGGGAGUUACUACCGGAAAGGCGCUGUGCCGGGGCGACAGUGGUGGUGGACUGGUUUUCUUCGACUAUUCCACCAGCGAGAGGGUACCGUUCCUAUUCGGGAUAGCAUCCACCGCUCCGCGUAACGCGCACCUCUGCAACACCCACACACGCGCCACGCUCACGCGCGUACUCUCACACCGCCUGUUCCUGCGCACACAUAUACCGGACAUAGAAGAAGCAUGCACUAACAACUACGUCACUUUAGCGAAGGAUACCGAAAAUGGUUCGUCAGAAGAUAGAACUGCAGCAACGCAGCCACCACCAGCGAACAUUAAAUUAGUUUGUAACUGCUACUGCAAUAAUACUUCGACAUCUUAAAUACGUAACAAAUUCUUCUAAUUAGUCUUUAAUUCUUCUAGUUUUAUUUCACAUGCUGCAGAUAAAAUCCGUUUUUAAACAAG